UUCCUAUCCAUCGCCCGGCACCAGCAUUUGUAGAUUUAGACACAAAGCUAGCUAUUUUUGAAACUGGUAUUAAGGUAGUAGACCUUUUAGCUCCUUAUCGACGUGGGGGCAAGAUUGGUUUGUUUGGUGGGGCUGGUGUAGGCAAAACAGUUCUUAUUAUGGAACUGAUUAACAAUAUUGCGAAAGCUCAUGGCGGUGUUUCCGUUUUUGGUGGUGUAGGUGAACGAACAAGAGAAGGAAACGAUUUGUAUGCUGAAAUGAAAGAAUCGAAGGUAAUCAAUGAAGAAAAUCUUUCUUCAUCUAAAGUUGCUUUAGUUUAUGGUCAGAUGAAUGAGCCACCAGGCGCACGUAUGCGUGUAGGUCUAACAGCUUUAACGAUGGCUGAAUAUUUUAGAGACAUUAGUAAACGUGAUGUACUUUUAUUUAUUGACAAUAUCUUCCGUUUUGUACAAGCGGGUUCAGAGGUUUCUGCGUUGUUAGGACGUAUGCCAUCUGCUGUUGGAUAUCAACCGACAUUAGCAACAGAGAUGGGUGGUUUACAAGAAAGAAUUACAUCAACAAAAGAUGGAUCAAUCACUUCAAUUCAAGCAGUUUAUGUACCUGCUGAUGAUUUGACUGACCCAGCACCAGCUACUACAUUCUCGCAUUUAGAUGCCACAACCGUUCUUUCACGUGCUCUUGCAUCAAAAGGUAUUUAUCCAGCGGUAGACCCAUUAGAUUCAACGUCUACGAUGUUACAACCUUGGAUUGUAGGAGAAAAACAUUAUGCCUGUGCACAAGAUGUUAAGCAAACUCUACAAAGGUACAAAGAGUUACAAGACAUUAUUGCGAUUUUGGGGUUAGAUGAAUUGUCCGAAGAGGACAGAUUGAUCGUAGCACGAGCAAGAAAGGUAGAACGUUUCUUGUCCCAACCCUUCUUUGUUGCUGAAGUAUUUACAGGAUCACCAGGCAAAUACGUUGCUUUAGCAGAAACAAUUCAAGGGUUUAAUUCAGUUAUUUCUGGCGAACUUGAUGACUUGCCUGAACAAGCGUUUUAUCUUGUUGGAAAAAUUGAUGAAGCUAUUGAAAAAGCUGACAAAUUAAAACAAUCUUAAGCCACCUUUCUAGGUAGUAACAAAUCUACUUACAAACCGUAUGGCUUUCGCUACUACAAGUACAAAGCAAAGCUUUGUAAGAAGAUUUGUCAGAAAGUUUGCUUUCGCUACUACAAGUACAAAGCU